AUGAGUGCUGGAAUAAUUGGGUUCUGGCGCGCGCCCAGGGCGGCGGCGCGCGGUAGGGGGCUGAGGGGUGCGUGUUGGCCUGGGUGGACGCUGCUGACGGUGAAGGCGCUCCAGGGCCGUGAGUGCAGCCUACAGGUGUCGGAGGAUGAGUUGGUGUCCACGCUGAAGCAUCUGGUCUCCGAGAAGUUGAACGUAGCCGUGCGCCAGCAGCGGCUGCUGUUCAAGGGCAAGGCCCUGGCAGAUGGGAAAAAACUCUCCGAUUACAGCAUCGGGCCCAAUUCCAAGCUCAACCUCGUGGUCAAACCUCUGGAGAAGGUGUUACUGGAAGAAAGUGCCACACAGAAACUGGCCGAGGCCCCGCCCUUGCGCCCACACGCCUGGCAGCUGAUUGCCAAAGUCUUGGCCCGCCACUUCAGUGCCGCAGAUGCCAACAGGGUCCUAGAUCAACUACAGAGGGAUUAUGAGAAGUCCCUGAGCCGCCUGACCCUGGAUGACAUCGAACGUUUAGCCAACCGCUUCCUGAACUCCGAAGUCACUGAAGUUAAGGAGAAGGGGUUCUCUAAAUAAGAUUCACGGAGUGUGGGGAUGAGCCCGGCCAGGCUGCAAGUUGCAUGUAGCAUUAAAUGUGUCCUCAUGUUGCAAUUUGGCUUAAAAUACUAGCUGGUGGGUACCCAGGAACCUGUACCCGGCUCUUGCGAGGUGCCAGGCACCGCCGAAAGCACUUGACCUGGGUUGGCUCCUCCACCUCAAAAGGUUGGACGGCUGACACUCCUUGCAAUGAAGUGAGGGAGCCUGAACCCAAGUCCAGCCAACUUCUCUAAGUGCCUCAGGAUGAGAACUCUGCAGGUCCAACCUGGGUGGGAGGCCAAGUGCCAGCCAGUCCUGGGCCCCCCAGCUGCUGCAGCCAGUGUGCAUGCAACGAAGGAAAAGCAGCUUGGGGAGUCGGGGCGAACAUCGCCCAGCUCUGUGGUGUGACCUCAGGCAACUCCCUGUGCCACGUUGGUCCCCGCCAUUGACUGCCCAGUGAAGGCCACUCCUUACACCUCACUCAGUUUCCUUCAUCCUGACUCCAGACCGGGGGCGGGCGGGGCGGGUGCCAGCAGCGUCCUCUCCUUUAUGUUCCAUAAACUGAGGCCAGCAGCCAAGCAGUAGCCAAGCAUGGCCCAGAGAGGGGGUGUCCUGGCCCUUCCUGUCAAGCUCUUCCCUGGGCACCCUCUGUACUUGACUCCCGCUGGACACGGGUAGUUCCUGCUCCGUAAGGAUGACAGGUGACUGGCUUGAGGUCACUCAUCAAGGCAGUGCCAGAGCCAGGCCUCAGCUGGGCCCCCAUGCCAUGUGCUCACCCAUAGAAUGGAAGCAGACCCUCCCCCCACCACGUGUGCACAAGGGCUUUCAUUUUGCACGCCCCUCGCUGCCCAAAAGGAAACCACAGAGUGCCAGGGAGCGGGCAGAAGCACAGCCUGGUGGCACUGGUCCUCCCACUUGCCUGGUAUGUGGGCACUAGAGUUCACCCAGGCACCUGCUCCUUGGAGGAGGUCACCAGGGCAGUUGAGGCGGGAAGGAAGCCGUGUGCACAGGAGGAUGGAUACCCGAGCCCUGCCACCCUCCCUGCCUGAGGCCCUGGGCUGGGAAGAAGGACAGAGGCCUUAUGGGCGAUGGAUUUGAAGAGCAGACGGAAAGCCCAGGCCCCAGCUGAGAGCUGGGAAUAUCAAACAGCAGGGCCUGCGAGGGAGCCCGUGUGAUCUAGCAGUUCACGUAACAGACCUGCCAACGCCCUCCUUUAUUCUGAGUCAGGAAUUUUAUGUUGAAAUUUUCAAUAGCACUAAAGGUGAAUGUGAGACUUUGAUCCAAAAAGAACUAUUUCAGCCAGGCUGCUUUUGGUUUCCCAUCAUUGGUUUAACCAUAAAAGAAAUUGGUU